AUGACCAUCACGGAAAUCAAAGGAUUUCAAAUCCUUCCGGUCCGUCUACCGGAAAGUAACGGAACUCAUUACAUCUAUUUCAGAAAACAUGAGACAAAGGGGAACCAGUCGGCAGCUUCCCAGUAUAUUAGCGGUCGCCUGAUGUUCAUUUUCAAUCUUCCCAUCGAAACCAGCAUCGCAACCUUAAAGAAAUACUUCCAGCAGGUAGCUAUUGGUGCCACUAUAGAAAACUAUUAUCCUAGCAUGGCAACCGAUACUCAGGAGGAUGUUUAUAUUGACCUCACCAGGUUAACAUCAGAUCUCGACUAUCAGCAAGAUGGCUUCAUUCUUGAUAUCACGCUGAAGUUACCUAAGAACUGUGGGAUUUUGUCCUUCAUAGACAAGGCGUCUUUCCAACUUGCAUUUAACUCUUUGAAAAAACUUUCCAAUGAUUCCAAGAGUACCAAUUGGCCCAUGCCCGUUCUCGGAAGCAAAUUUUUGCUCAGUAAAUAUGAGCAGCAAGUAUGCGAACCAACUAAGCUUGCCGAAGAAGUGUCGAAAGCACUUGCAGACUUUAAUAGGGCAGAACAAGAAUCUAGAGAGGAGUUGAAACGACAGACGGAGAUCGUCGAUGAAGAUGGGUUCACUUUGGUUGUGGGGUCUCACAGAAAGACAAAGGCUGGUAUCAUGGGUAAGCAAAAAUAUGCGGCUACAGUGGGUGCCGAGAAGGCUAAGAGCAAGAUAAAGAAGAAGGAAAAGGAAGACUUUUACAGAUUCCAGUUGAGAGAGAAGAAAAAGGCAGAGAUGAAUGAUUUGUUGAAGAAGUUCAAGCAGGACCAGGAGAGGGUCAGAAUGAUGAAGGAGAAAAAACGCUUCAGACCUUAUUAA